UAAGAGUAAAUCUAAAAACUGAAAGAGGGCUGAUGUCGACGUAAGGAAGUUCUUUACUAUAUGGUGGUGUGACAGAGAACCGGGUUGCCUGUGGAAGCCGUGGAUGCCCCUUCCACGGAAGGGAAGCUAGAUGGGGCUUUGAGCAGCCACGUCCGGUGGAAGGUGGCCUUGCCUAUUACAGGGAGCUUGGAACCUUAAGGAUCCUUAAGGUCCGUUAUAGCCCAGACCAUUCUAUAAUUCUCUACCCUGUUAGAUCACGAAAAAAACCAACCCAACCAACCAAAACCCCAAACAAAACAUACUUUGUUGUUAAUGUUCCAUGCCCUGUCAGAACCAAACCCCCAGCUGGGAUGGUGAUCUGUUGCACUCAGGGAGGUGCACGCUUGGAGCAAGGGCACGGCAGGAAGGGUGGUGAUGGGCUCCAAUGGCUCCUGCCAGAGCAACUCCGGUGCCUGCCGAGGAAAAGCCAGCAUCUGUGAGGCUGUUGUUGCCACCCGAAGGAGCAGAGGGAAGUUGACCAAGCAGGGUUUAAGCCCUGUCCCCAGCAUAUUGAGACCUUUCCCUGACAAGGCUGUCCUUUGCAAGUUAAUACUUGGAUAAGGUCCUAUUUGUCAGCAUGAAAGGACAAACUGCACGCUGUGGUUGGAAAUCUGCACCCCAAAAGCAGCUCUCUCCCUGUGAUCGAUAUAAGCACACCUGUGUUAUUUGCAGAGGAUUUGUUUAUCUCUAUGGAGGAAGGAAUACUACCAGUCUUAGGGAUUUUUGGAGGUAUGACAUAGUGAAAAAUGAAUGGGAAAUGCUGGACUGCUCAAGAGAUGGUCCAGAAGAACUGGAAGAGCAUUCAAUGGUGGCUUAUAAGGGCACCCUGUGUAUUUUUGGUGGGAUGGUGGACUCUGCUUUCACGCAAGCAAAAACUCCUCUCUGGAUAUAUGACAUUGAUUCUGCAAGAUGGACAGAGUGCUGUAACGUACCAGCAGAGACUGAGAGCUCGGCUCCAACUAACAGAAAAGGUCACAGUGCAGUAGUGUACCACUCCAGCAUGUACAUCUACGGGGGGUACGUUGGCAUCAGAGGCAUUUCACAGGAAUUUUGGACUUUCCAUCUUGAUACCAAAAAAUGGUUGUGCAUUUCCACCCCAUCUGACAGUUCUGGCCCAGGAGCUCGGCAUGGCCAUUCUGCAGUUGUUUAUCACACAGGCAUGUACCUCUUUGGAGGACUGAUGGGACUGACUGAACAGAAGGACUUAUGGAAGUGGGACUUUGUAAGCAGCAGCUGGUCCAACGUCAGAACAAGCCUGGGACCUUCUCCGGUAGUAGGUCAUGCUUCAGUAGUCUUCAAAGACUCAAUGCUGGUUUUUGGUGGAGGGAUUUCAAAUUCCUGUCCUAAUGAUGACCUCUGGAAGUACCAUUUCCAUACACAGACAUGGAAGAAGCUCAGGAGCACUACAAAGGCAAACUUUUCUCCUAAGAUGUACCACUGCAUUGUGGGCAUUGGUGUUGAUUUCCAAACUACCUUAGAUUUCACUAAUACACUCCCCAGCCGUUGGAAGAGUGCACAGAAGGACCAUCACCGGCUGGUGACCAUCCCAAAGCACACUCGUUUCUGCAGUUACUUCCGUCAACAGCCAGCAUACCAAGCCUUCAGCAACGAGGAAAGAAAUGCAAUUGAGAUGAAAACCUUCAGUUUGCCUCUGGAGCCAGCAGGGUUUUGUGCUUUUCAAUCCACGUCAGAGGCACAGCUGGACCCAAACAGGGCAACAAAUAUUGAAUCGAAGGACAGGUCUCUAUGUCUGUUUGUCUCUUCAGAAAAAAAGACUUUUGCUGCUGCUGAGGUUAUGGAAGAGGAGGAAGAAACCAUUGCUGAGGACUCAACUGCAGUGAAUGAUGUUAACUGUAAUACUAAUGUGCUGCUGCUCAUCGGAGGCAAACCUUUGUCCAGCUUCUCUGAGAUCUCAUUCUGGCAAAUGGAGUUUGAUACCUUCUAAUUGCUUUGAUUACAGACUGAAAGAAUAAAUUUCCACCAAUGUGCCAGUAGGUGGUAAACCAACUGCUUGCCACUGUCUUCAGUUUCCUAUCAGUAUGCUGGGAAAAAAAACCCUAAACCUUCUCAUACUUGCUGUGAACUGGUGUUUUACAACAUGAGAAAAAAAAAAAUCUAUAUUUAAGUCACAACUUGCAUGCAAGUUGCAGUUUCCAAGAGGAGGCUGUUGGAAUACUGCUCUUCUGUGUUACAUUUCUUCUGGUCAGUUUUUAGCCUUUCACAUUACUGUAGCUGAUGCUGCCUCACAAGUCAGUACUGCAGGUAACCCCCACUGGCUCCACAGUGGCCAUUUCAGGGGCAAAGCCUGCUCGUUCUGCACCCAUGGACCUGUAUUUGCAUCAAAUUAGUCCAUGUUAUGGUCAUAUUGGAGGGGUUAAUGGCAAUGUUUUCUAAGUUUAAGAGUUUGUUUUCUUGAGAGAGUCUUUUUUUGCACAAAUGUAUUUACAGUUAAGAUGGCCUGUAACAAAGAAAUCCAUCAGACAAGUUAAGUAAAUGGAGCAUAGAAGAUACUCAAGAUGUGCACCUAAAACUGAGGAGGUGAAACCAACAGGUUCGCCCCAAAAACCAUGUGCGACAUCCAGAGUAAGCACAUUACACCUGGAAGAACAAAACAGUUUCCCAGUGAAUGCUGUUUAAUGACUGAGCACAGGAUAAAAAAGGGUUUGACUUUGUUGGAAAAAGAAAGGGGAAGGCUUGACAGCAAUGGCACAAAUAAAAGCUCUUGUGAUUGGUAACUCAGA